AUGGAGCAAAAUCCACCAUUAAAAGACUCUGGUCACUUAAAGCGCAACAUCAAUGAAAUUCUUUCACCAGACACGUAUAUACUUGACAAGGAAAACAGCAUCUUCACCCUUCCUAAGACAAAACCUAAAUCUAAAAAAUCGAAGUCCAACUCUUCACCUCCAACAGUUGUUUCCAAUCUACAUCGACUGGAUUCAGCCAAAGACUUUACCAAUAACCACUCUCCUCCUUUUAUACUUAAUUAUGACCAACUUCAGUUACUUUUAACUAAUGAAACUGGUUCUUCAGAUCCUAUCAACGUUGUCCAAGAAUAUACUUCAGAUAUGAUAACCGUGACACACAUGUUAUCAAAAAUCUACCCCCAUAUAAAAGAUCCAUCCCUGAAGAGAAAAUUCACAACUUUGAAAAAAUCUUUGCCUAUCUUAGCAAUGACGUCUCGGAAUCAGAUAGUGACACAUCACAUUUAA